AUGAAUGCCACUUUCAUUUUUGACACUCUUUUUGAGAUAGUCAGCCAAAUUUCUAUGGGACUAACAGUUUUCGUGAUCUAUGUCAUUGUCUUCCACUCACCCGCUUCUAUGAAAGACUAUGGAAAGUUUGUGAUUCAUUUUACGGUAAAUCAACAUAUAGAUCGUUAUGGCAUACUUUUAGGUCUACGAUUUCUUGUUCUCCUUUAAUAUCGGGACAUUGAUCAAACCAGAUCCUAUAUUUCCGUUUGAGGGAUCGUAUGUUAACGGACUUCUCAAGUACUUUGGCCAUUCUGGAACAAUUAUAGCGGUAAGGGAAAGUGAGAUUCGUUGAUAGAAAAGUAUGAUGUUGCUAUCCGUCGAAGGGGCGACUUAAGGCAUCUACGGCUUGACUUUGAGGUGAAACUUUGACCGUGUUUCAAGAAAUUUGACAGAAACUAAUUGCGAAUAUCUUUGAGCUCUUGCUAGUUAUCGCAGAAAUUCUUUUUGUUUCUAAAACUUGACAGCGGGCGGUUUUGUACUGAACAAAAAAAAAUUUUUUUCGUCGGCGGAGAGGCCAGUUCUCGGCGGAGACAUUUGGGGACCUCCGUGGAUUUUACGGUAUGCUUUUUUUGCGUUUUCGAUUUUACGCACUUCCGCGGAUGCGCGGCGGAGACCUCAGAUUUCGGCGGUCGUUGCUUUGGGCCCUCGGCUUUUGCAAAUUCAUGUUGGAGAAAAGGUUGGGGCGAUUUUUUGUUGUCAUCCGAUGCACAGAUGGCAAAAAUUUUGUACUUUUUUCCCCGGCGGAGGAUUCGGCGGAGGCUUUAUCAAAGGGUCAAAACAAAACUCCGCCGAUUUGUCCGCCGGACCAAAAAAAUCAAAAAUAUUUGAAAGAUAAUGUUGCUCUGAUGGAUUCUCGUAGCUGAGAUUUUUCCCGGACUCGUAAGACAAAUUUGACCCUUUGAUAAAGCCUCCGCCGAAUCCUCCGCCGGGGAAAGAAAUUACGACAUUUUUGCCUUCUGUUGCAUCGGACGACAACAAAAAAUCACCCCAACUUCUUUUCCAACAUGAAUUGCAACAGCCGAAGGCCCAAAACAACGUCCGCCGAGAUCUGAGGUCUCCGCCGCGCAUCCGCGGAUUGCGUAAAAUCGAAAACGCAAAAAAGCAUACCGUAAAAUCCAACGUAAACAUGAUUUUGGCCACUGUAACAGAGUUUCCGCCAUGUAAUAAGGUGUGAUUUUUAAAAAAGGCCCCAAAUGCCUCCGCCGAGAACUGGCCUCUCCGCCGACAAAAAAAAAAUUUUUUUGUUCAGUACAAAACCGCCCGCUGUCAAGUUUUAGAAACAAAAAGAAUUUCUACGAUAACUAGCAAGAGCUCAAAGAUAUUCGCAAAUUGUUUCUGUCAAAUUUCUUGAAACACCCUGUAAAAACAACAGAGAUCUUAUGAAAAUGCAAUUUUUUGCUUGCAUGCAGCAUGAUUUGCUGAGAUCUCACAAAAAAAAUUGCCCAAAGUGUACCAACCAGGGCCAAACCUGACAUCUAGGAUCGUCUUUCCUUAUUUAUAACCGCGAUGUAGAAAUUGUCACUUGGCAAUGACGUCAACAAACCGCUCGUUAACCACCGGUGCAUUUUUUCAUUCAUAAUUCACACUUAUCAAAGAUUUCACAGAUUUGCUAUAAGUACGUUUUUUCGAAAUCGGUUUUUUAAUUCAUUGUUUCGGAAAAGUUGUGGGAAAUAAAAACCCUUUAUAGCGAACGUUUCCAAACCUUCUUUAACCUCUCUGCGCAGAUGCCUUUGUUUUAAAAUCCUCUUCUAUAGGUCGUGCUCAUAAUCGUGACCGGAGGCCAAGCUCUCACCAUGCAGGUCGCUUGCCUUAUAUUUCGAUUUUCCAUGCUUCAGGAUUCGGAGAUAUGGAUGAAAGUGAUCACAAGUUGGAGGACUUGGGCCAUAACUUAUGUUAUAAUAAUAGUUGCCUACACUUUGGCGUCGCUGCUUAUUUUUACUCAAGUUGCAAUGACUGCAGAGGUAGAAGGCACACAAAAAUGUUUGAUAUAAAAGUUGCAGCAAGUCCGGGCGGAGAUUACUCAACUGGCUCCAUUGCUACAGGCACCAUUGCCUGACUUUAGCCGAGUAAUCUUUUACUUCCCUCCAACCACUGAGUAUUCGCUAUAUGCUGCCAUUUUCAUAGUCGGCGGCUUUGUUUUGGCCGAAGUGUUAUCGCUGCUUUCCGUGUACGCAUUGCUAAGGAAAUUGCAAGAAAAGAAAGCGAGCUUCUCCGAAAUGACUUACAAAUUGCAUCGUCAGCUGACGAUUGCAUUGGGUCUGCAGGUAAGUCGUAUACGGUAAAAUUUUCUACAAUAGGAUAGUUUUUGAACAUACCAACAUUUACAGCUCGCGACUCCCCUCAUUUUCAUCAUUUGCCCUGUAGUUUUUUGGGUAUUUUACAACAUUCCUUAUGGUCGGAUGGAGUAUGUAACCGCCCGUUCAUUCCUUCUGCACAUUCAACUUUAUGGCACCGUCAAUUCCAUUAUCACUUUAUACUUUAUAAAACCUUAUCGUCGAUGGAUAAUAUCCAAGUUUAAAGUUUUAAUAAGCUUUGUAACCUUUGGCAAAUAUGGGCAUAAAUGCGAUAUCGUGGCGAUUCACCAAGAGAGCACGUUUGCGUCGGGAACAAAUGUAAAGUAAGGUUUUUGAAUAUCAGAAAUGCGCUUAUGUGAGUGUAAAAUACGGCGAAAAGAAAACUUUUAUACAGAGCCUCACACCGUGCUUUAAUUCCAAAUAUUUGGUUGACUUCUACUGACUUUUAUCCCCUGCUUUCAGCUAG